AUGUUCAGGAAUCAGUACGACACGGACGUGACGACAUGGAGCCCAACAGGUCGUCUCUUCCAAGUAGAGUACGCCAUGGAAGCAGUGAAGCAAGGCUCCGCCGCAAUUGGACUCAGAUCUCGCUCUCACGUCGUCCUCGCUUGCGUCAACAAAGCCCAAUCUGAGCUCUCUUCUCACCAGAAGAAGAUCUUCAAAGUCGAUGACCAUAUCGGCGUCGCAAUCGCUGGACUCACCGCCGAUGGCCGUGUUCUCUCUCGUUAUAUGAGAUCGGAGUCGAUUAAUCACUCUUUCACUUACGAGUCUCCUCUCCCCGUUGGUCGUCUCGUCGUUCAUCUCGCUGAUAAGGCCCAGGUUUGUACCCAGCGAUCAUGGAAACGGCCCUAUGGAGUGGGUUUGCUGGUAGGUGGAUUGGAUGAGUCUGGAGCCCAUCUUUACUACAACUGCCCAAGCGGAAGCUACUUCGAGUACCAAGCUUUUGCUAUCGGAUCCCGCUCACAAGCCGCAAAGACCUAUCUGGAACGCAGGUUUGAGAGCUUUGGAGAUUCUUCAAGGGAAGAUCUGAUCAAAGACGCUAUUUUGGCUGUCAGGGAGACACUGCAAGGGGAAACGCUGAAGAGCUCUCUCUGCACUGUCUCUAUUCUAGGAGUCGGUGAGCCGUUCCACUUCUUGGACCAGGAGACGAUACAGAACGUGAUCGACACGUUUGAGAAAGUGGCAGAGGAAGAAGAAGGCGAGGCUGGUGAGGGUGAGGCCGAAGGUGAAGCUGCUGCUGCUGCUGCACCAGCAGAACAAGGUGGUUCAGGUGACCAAGACGUGGCUCCAAUGGAAAUGUAA